AUGUUUAAAAUUGAUUUUCAAGAUCCGGUUGAUGGCUCUUCCAAGUUUGUCUACCAAAAUUCGUGGGGACUCACAACGAGAACUAUCGGAGUAAUGGUUAUGGUCCACAGUGACGACCAUGGGCUUAUUUUGCCUCCGCGAGUAGCUCCAGUUCAAGUCGUGAUUAUGUCCUGCGGUCUAACGUCGAGUACAAGUCAGGAAGUGGUUAAUGUCGUCACGUUGCAAAAAAAAUAUAUAUACGAUCAACUCAUUGGAGGAGGUAUCAGAGUGGAGUGUGAUGACCGCGAAAAUCGUACCAGUGGUUGGAAGUUUAGUUACCAUGAAUUGAGAGUAUCUUUAUAUUCUUACAAUCAAGGGAGUUCCACUUAG